CCGACUACAAUUCCCUGGUCUCAUUUAGGUCAACGUCACUCAGAUUAGUGUAUUUAUUUUUAUUUUCAAAAUUUAGCAUAGUACACGGUCAUUCGCGACGAAGAACCAAGUAAAAAUAGAAAGAUUUUCUCAGAUUUUUCGAAGGUGCAAAUAUUAUCUACGAUGUCACUUGCCUGAUCUAAAGCCCUACCGAAUCUAACUGACAGUAGCGCCGAUCUGCACAUUUUGUCAUCGACGUUGCGCCCAGGCAGAUCAGUUGUUGUCCACGGGAGUAAAGCUGGCUAUGAAUUAGUAGCUACUGGGACACCAACGUAGCUAACGUUGGUCAGCUAAUUAGCCAAUGCUCGAAGAGAAAGCAGGGAGUAUUCAGGAGUCUACACCAAGAGCUCUGGUGAAACGGGUGAAAUAGCUAGCUAAAUGCCUUUACGCUGAAAAUGGGUGAUGACGUUUGUAAAUAACUAGAAGAAUAGAGUAGCUAGCUAGCUUAGCAGUUUGCCAACACAACUGUCAAAGCCAGCUAAAUAGGGAUUUAUCUGCUACCACUAGCUAACUGAUUGUCCAUUGCUAAUGUUAUAGCAAUAACCGUAGUUAAUAGCUAGCCCGUGUCAACGCAUAUGCCGAUAGUGAGUUAGCUAGUUGGCUAUUUAGCUAGCUAGCUAUUAUGACAGUCGACACCUUGGUAGCUAGCUAGCUAGCGCCUGGAAAUCGAACGAGGGGGCUCUUCAAUAAGAUAGCUAGCUUGUUAACUAACCUAAAUUGGCUACGGUCAUUCAAUUAUCCAAAUCGAAUAGCUAGCUAGGCGUUCUUGUGGAUAGGUAUUGAUUGCAAGCCAAUCGGCACUUGGCUUUCACCACCGGAAAAUGAAGAAGUUCUUCGAUUCACGCCGGGAACUUGCGAGUUCCGGGCCUGGUUCUGGAGCAGGUGGAGGUGGCAUUGGGUCGAGCAGCAGCGGUGGCAGUUUUAUUGGACGGGUUUUCACCAUUGGACGGUAUCAAGUGACCGUUGAUGAAACUGUUGCUGAAGGAGGCUUUGCCAUUGUGUUCCUGGUGCGGACCAACCAGGGGGUGCGCUGUGCUCUGAAGAGGAUGUACGUCAACAACGAGCACGACCUGCAGGUCUGCGAGCUGGAGAUCCAGAUCAUGAGGGACCUCGUGGGCCACAGGAACAUUGUGGGUUUCCUGGACUCCAGUAUAACUGCAGUGGGAGCAGGAGAUGUCUGGGAGGUCCUCAUCCUCAUGGACUUCUGUCGUGGUGGUCAGGUGGUGAACCUGAUGAACCAGCGUCUGCAGUCAGGCUUCACUGAGCCAGAGGUGCUGCAGAUCUUCUGUGACACCUGCGAGGCCGUGGCCCGACUCCACCAGUGCAAGACGCCAAUCAUCCAUCGAGACCUCAAGGUGGAGAAUAUCCUGCUCCAUGACCGGGGACACUAUGUGUUGUGUGACUUUGGCAGUGCCACCAACCGCUUCCAGAACCCUCAGACAGAGGGCGUUCCACUGGUGGAGGAGGAAAUCAAGAAGUACACUACUCUGUCAUAUCGAGCCCCAGAGAUGAUCAACCUCUAUAAUGGCACGGUCAUCACUACAAAGGCAGACAUCUGGGCUAUGGGAUGCCUGCUGUAUAAGCUGUGCUACUUCACCCUGCCGUUUGGGGAGAGCCAGGUGGCCAUCUGUGAUGGCAGCUUCACUAUUCCAGACAACUCCCGCUACUCCCCGGACAUGCACUGCCUCAUCAGAUACAUGCUGGAGCCUGACCCUGAGAAGAGACCAGAUAUCUACCAAGUGUCCCACUUCUCCUUCAGGCUGGCCGGGAUAGAAUGCCCCAUCCGGAACGUUCAUAACUCCCCUAUUCUUACAAAACUCCCCGAACCAAUCAGAGCCAGCGAAGCUGUGGCCAAAAAAAGUCAAUCCAAAGCCAGGCUCACAGACCCUGUCCCUACAAUGGAGACCUCCAUCGCACCCCGUUCACGCCCCAAAGCUGGAGCGACCCAGCCCAUAGGCAUCCUGCCCAUCCAGCCAGCUCUCACCCCACGCAAGAGACCCAACGUGGCUGCAGGAGGGCCCCAGCCCAUAGGUGUUUUAGCCGCCGCCCAGCCUGCUGCUGCUGUCCAAUCAGUUCAGGCCACAUCCCCACUGGCUCAGACCACCUCUUCGCAACCCAUGGCCACGCCCCAGCACCAGCAGGGUCUCUUCAUGAAGCAGCAGGCAGCAGCCUUUUUCAGCCCACAUCAGCAAGUCAACCAGCAUCAGCUGGUGCAGACCCUCUACAAACUGCAGCAGCCUCCCAUGCUGGCCCCCCAGAGCUCUGUGGCUGUGCAGCCCAAAGCUAGCCCUGUUGCUCCUCUGCAGCCACCAGCCGGCCCUGUGCCCCCCUCCCCCCAAACAACAGCUCCCCCUCAGCCUGCAGCCACAGGACCUGCUGCACCUGAUUCCGACUCUGACUGUGACUCUGAGCCCACGCCUCUGGCAUCUGGCCGUGGGCUCCACAAGGUUGGCUCCCUGACGCCCCCCUCCUCCCCAAAGAUGGGCCCCCGGGGUGGCCACAGGCGCAUACUGAGCGAUGUCACCCACAGUGCUGUGUUUGGGGUCCCAGUCAGCAGGUCCACCCAGCUACUGCAGGCGGCUGCAGCCGAGGCCAGCCUCAACAAGUCCAAGUCAGCCAGCACCACCCCCUCUGGCUCCCCCUGCUCCUCCCAGCAGAGUGUGAACCAGCCAGGUGAGGGCGGUGCCCAGACAGCUCCUUUUGCACCGUCUGGCAGCUGGAACCCGUUUGGUGAUGACAACUUUUCCAAGCUCACUGCUGAGGAGCUACUCAACAAGGAUUUUACCAAGCUGGUCGAGACUACAACAGGGGAGAGGGCCAGCCUCUCCACAGAGAACCUCAUUCCAGGUCUGCAGCCUGUCUCUGCUGCUGGUGCUACAGGCAAGGCUUUCCCAGCUGAGAGAUCUGCUGACAUCCUGAGUUUGGAUGCAGGCUCAGAGAUGUUGAGUGGCCCGGACCCCUUUAACACACACUCCCUCUCUGACACCCCAGAGAAGCUGAUUGAGGGACUGAAGUCCCCUGAGACUUGUCUGCUGCUCCCUGACCUUUUGCCCCUGGCUGACCCCUUCAGCAGCUGUGGAGAGGGCAAUAGCAAUGCUGCAGCUAAGGCUGAUAUGUAUGUGGACUCUCUGAUCCUGGGUCUGGACACAGCCUCAGCCAGCCUGCCAGACCCUCUAGCUGUGGAGGACUCUCUGCUGGGCUGCUCUCUGCUGUCUCACACCUCCACCCCUGGGGUUCAAACUGUCUGUGUACCUCCAUCCUCCUGCUCCUCUGCCUCCUGUCUGGAUGAGCUGGCUUCUGUCUCAUUUGGCACUGCCCAAGCACCUGCUGACUCUGCUUACCUCAUGUCGGGCUUCCAGCCACCCGAGGCUGGGGAGAAGGGCACUGAGGACGAGUUUGACCCCAUCCCUGUGCUCAUCUCCAAAAACUCCAACAACCAAGAGCUGAAAGGGGUGAGUAAUGGUUACGCUGUGCUGGAUGAGGGGGGUUCUGAAAUUGAGCUGCCUGGAGAAGGUCACAGAGCAAACGAAGGCUGUAUCCACUCCAGCGAUGAUGAUGAGGAGGAGGAAGACGAGAGAGUGAAGGAGGAGCAGGGCAGGAGGGCCAGUGACGUGGUUCAUGUGGUUCAUGACUGCAUUGGCUCCAGACCUUUGCUGCUGGAUUCAGAUGAAGAGGAGGAGCAGGGGUCUGAAUUACUCCUCCCAUCCUCCCAGCCAUCCCUAUCACACCCACAACUCUCCACUUCCUCCCACCAACCUACCCCAUCCCUCUGUGCCCCAUCCCUGAAUCAUUCCCACCAGAUGCCACAGCAAGCCAGGGUGGUUGAAGUUGUCCCUGUUGUCUUCUUCAAAUCCCCCUUCAGGAUUGAACAAGAGGAGGCAGGCGACGUGUUCGCAAAUGCCCCCUUCCAACGUCCCCCUGUUGUGGCUCAACAGCAUCCAGACGUCUUCCUGCAGGCCCCCUUUGUGAAGCCCAAGACCCAUAACCUUCACCCAGCUGUGGUUCACCCUGUGGCCCCUGAACCAGCCCUCUUGAGCCAGGUGGCCACACAACCUUUCCGCCCACAGGCCCUGGCCAAGUACUCCCGACACUUUGAGGGCCCCUUGCCUCACCAACCUGUGACAGCUCAGAGGGUGGUAUCCAAUGUGAGCAGGCAAGCUGCUGUGGGCCCCUUACACUCCUGGACUUCAGAGGUGAACUCAGUAGACCCCUUUGUCUCUGCGCCCUUUCACAUCAAGGCCCCACAAGAAAAGCCCUGAAAGAUCCCAUCCUUCCCUACAGGGAAGCGGAGCCAACAUUGGAGCCCACACCUGUGCACACUACACUAAGGCAUACACACUGCAUGCUGUCACCUGCACCGGGGCUGGACUGCAAGGCAGCAUAGAACUCUUAAGAUCUUGUCCUUACAAACUUCGAUCAUUCUAGAUAUUGAGCAAGGUCAUCAAUGUGUUUUUUUGCUACAGCAGAAUUGAGGUGGGUCCUCAUUUAUAAAUGCUGUGUAUACACAAAAUAUGCCCCAAAACAUGCAUGCAGCAGUUUAAGCAAAAGUUGUCAUUUAUAAAAACUGAACUUGACGUGAGAAUGUGAUUAUCCUGCCUCCAUGCGUAUGCAGUUUCAAGUGGUUGAAUUUUUGCAAUGCAAUUAAGGGAAAAGUAGCAUAGUAGCCUUGUGCAUGAAUACAGUGGCCUUCAGAAAGUAUUCAUACCCCUUGACUUAUUCCACAUUUAGUGAAUUAUGUGAAGCCUGAAUUCUAAAAUGGAUGUUUACCCAUCUACACACAAUAACCUAUGACAGUGAAAACAUGUUUAUAGAAAUGUUGGUUAUUUAUUGAAAAUUAAAUAUAGAAAUCUCAUUUACAUAAGUAUUCACACCCCUGAGUCAAUACAUGUUAUAAUCACCUUUGGCAGUGAUUACAGCUGUGAGUCUUUAUUGGUAAGUCGUAACUAGGCCACUCGGGAACAUUCAGUGUUGUCUUGGCCUUCUGAAAGGUGAAUUUGUCUGUUGGAAAGCAGACUGAGUCAGGUUUUCCUCUAGGAUUUUGCCUGCGCUUACCUCUAGUAUAUUUUUAUUCCCCAAAACUCCCUAGUCCUUGCCAAUGACGAGCAUACCCAUCAUGAUGCAGCCACCACCAUGCUUGAAAAUAUAGUCAUACUCAGAUGUGUUGUGUUGGAUUUUCCUCAAAUAUAACGCUUUGUAUUCAGGAUAUAAAGUAAAUUUUCUUUGCCAUAUUUUUGGCAGUUUCUUGCAAACAGGAUGCAUGUUUUGGAAUAUUUUUAUUCUGUACAGGCUUUUGUCAUUUAGGUUAGUCUUGUGGAGUAACUACAAUGUUGAUCCACCAUGCUCAAAGGGAUAUUCAAUGCUUGUUUAUUUUUACCCAUCUACCAAUUGGUGCCUUGCUUUGCGAGGGAUUUUAAAACCUCCCUGAUCUUUGUGGUUGAAUAUGUGUUUGAAAUUCACUGCUCAACUGAGGGACUUUACACUUAUCUGUAUGUGUAGUGUACAGAGAUGAGAUGGUCACUAAAACAAAUCCUGUUAAACUAUUGCACAGUGUGAGUCCAUGGAACUUGUGACUUGAGACUAUUUUAUUUAGGUUGCCAUAAAAGAGAUGACUCAAGACAUUUCAGCUUUUCAUUUUUUUAUUAAUUUGUUAACAUUUCUAAAAACAUAAUUCAACUUUCACAUUAUGGGGUAUUGUGUGUAGCCCAGUGAGACAAUCUCAAUUUAAUUAAUUUUAAAUUCAGGCUGUAAAAUAAAAUGGCCAAAUGUGGAAAAAUUCAAGGGGUGUGAAUUCUGAAGCCACUGUAUAUAAUAAUAAUCAAAUUAAUAACAAAAACAGGUUGCUAAAUAUAACAAGAUACAGUAAUUUGUCAUUAGUGAGAUGAGCAAAGAUCUAUUUUCUUUGCAUUCUAAAAUAUUAGAAAAGUAAUUUUUCAUUUCCAUGAUAAUUUCAUAAUUAAUUCCUCACCUUUUCUGACUAACGGCUUCAUAUUCACAAAAUUGCCUAUAGGCCUAAAGCAAGUUAUUAUAGGCUACAAUUUAUCCCAUUUCUCAAUUAAUUAAACCCACUUUACAAUAGUAAAUAGAUUAGCUAUUUCAAGUAUUUUGCUCUAUGCAAUCCGGCGUGAAGCUCAGUUUAACGGUAGAAGAGACGGUUCCUUUUCCAUUAACGUUUGUAGGCUACCUCUGAAUACUGUGCUGUCAAAUUUCUCGGGUAGACAAAAUUUCAUUUAUAAACAUGCAUACACCGAGCACACACAACAUUAAGAACACCUUCCUAAUAUUGAGUUGCACCCCCCUUUUUGCCCUCAGAACAGCCUCAUUUCGUCAGGGCAUGGUCUCUACAAGGUGUCAAGCAUUCCACAAGAAUGCUUCCCACAGUUGUCAAGUUGGCUGGAUGUCAUUUGGGUGGUGGACCAUUCAUGAUACACACGGGAAACUUGAGUGUGAAACACAGAAGCGUUGCAGUUCUUGACACAUUGGUGCGCCUGGGCUGGCACCUACUACCAUACCCCGUUAAGAGGCAUUUAACUCUUUUGUCUUGCCCAUUCACCCUCUGAAUGGCACACAUACAAACCAUGUCUCAAAUCCAUUUUAACGUGUCUCCUCCCCUUCAGCUACACUGAUUGAAGUAAAUGUAAUAAGUGACAUCAAUAAGUGAUCAUAGCUUUUACCUGAAAUUCACCUGAUCAGUCUGUCAUGGAAAGAGCAGGUGUUGUUAAUGUUUUGUACACUCGGUGUAUAGGCUUAUCAUAAUCAUUGCCAAAUACAUUCCUUACCUUUUCUGUCCAAGUUGAGUUCAUAUUUCUGACACAACCAUACAAUAAAUGCAUUUAAACACA